UCGCUCGUUCGGGGCUACGCCCACACUGAGCUCCUGAUCCUAGGGCAGGCAGGCAGAGUGUAAAAUGGCGCACAGCUGUCGGUGGCGGUUCCCUGCUCGGCCCGGAGGGAGCAGCAGCUCGGGCACCGGGAGGAAAGCGGGCCGAAUUCGAGUCAAUGCUUCCCUCCGAAACAGCGCGGGCACUAAUCCGAACGCGAACGGGCUCGGGCCCGGUUUCGACGAUGCGUUGCAAGUGUCCGCUGCCAUCGGCAGCAACCUGCAGAAAUUUCGGGAUGUUUUGGGGGAGUCGAGCGGCUCCAGCAGCGGGGAGGAGGAAUUUGGAGGCUUCAGCACAGUCAGUGACAACAGAAGAAUACAUAGCCCAGGAAGGACGUCAAUAGGUUCUAUCUCACCGGAAAAAAAACCCAGAGGACGUCCUCCUAGGGCUCUAGCUGCGCAGAGGGUUGGCACUAAUAUUGAGACAGCCCCUUUGCGUCUCGCCACAGCUCCUACAGAGAAGGUAAAACGACCACCAGGGAGGCCUCCUGGCACUGGAGAAAAAAGAAGAGGCCGCCCUCCUGCUUCUGCCAGCCAGAGGAGCUGGCAACAGAGCGGCCAUGCACUCCCUGAAGAGGAUGGGGAUGCAGAACAGGAGUGCAGCUCCAGUCCCACACACCACAAGGACGGUGUGGAGGACGAAGACAAGGAGAAAAGGCAAACUCUGCUUGGGUCUGGGCACCAUCAGGGAUCUGAGGCUAAGCUUCACAAAAUCAGCCGGGAGUCCAAGGUGACCAAACUGAAAAGAUUGCGGGAUGUCAAACUGAGCCCACUGAAGUCUAAGCUGAAGGCCAUUGUGAGGAAGAGUGUCCCAGUUCCUGGUUCUGGUGUGCAAAGACGGAGGCGGGGCAGGCCACCUUCUGCCGAGCGCCUCAAAGCUGAAGCUGCUGCUGCUGCUGCUCAGGUUGCUAACGCCUCCUCGUUCCAGGAGAUGUCCACCAGGGCACCUGGGACUACCAAACAUAAGGACUUCAGGGUUCGUCGGGCACAAGAUUUGGGUACCUGCACUCCACAUGAUCUCCAGCUCAGGGCUUCUCAUCCUGCUGAUGAACGCACUAGCCCAGAUCCCCAUGACUCCCCUACAGUCAACCCAAUGACCCCAACUAAACACGGGAGGCCAUUAGGGUUACGUCAGAGCCCUCGCCAUAUCAAACCUGUGCGGGUCGUCCCUCCCUCCAAACGCACUGAUGCCACUAUUGCAAAGCAGCUGCUGCAGCGGGCAAAGAAGGGGGCCCAGAAAAAGAAACUAUUGGAAAAAGAAGCUAUUGGCACCCACGGAACUGCAGGUCUUGAGGGUGGGAAGCACAGGAGACGAACACAGCUAACAAACAUCAGGCAAUUUAUCAUGCCUGUUGUGAGCACAGUGUCGUUGCGCAUCAUCAAGACUCCAAAGCGGUUUAUCGAUGAUGAAGGCAGUUUCAGCACUCCACCACCACACAUGAAAAUAGCUCGAUUGGACUCUGCAGCAUCUGCCCCAGCACCUCAGCCCAUAACAUCACCCACUCAAGCUCUUGUUUCCACAGCUCCCUUCACAAGUGGAACCACUGCCACACCCGGAGCAGGGCCUGCUAUUGACUCUCUCCCUCCUCCCCCACCUCCUGUUCCGACUGGCAGUGCCAACAACAUUGCAGCCAUUCUUCUUAACAGCGGUUGCAACAAUAGCACAAGCAAUGGGCGAUUCAGUAGCAGUGCUGCGUCCUGUGGCUCCAGCGCUGUUUCGCAGCAUUCCUCUCAGCUCUCUUCUGGCGAGUCGUCUCGCUCCAGCAGCCCUAGUCUUGAUGACUCCUCCUGUGAUUCCCAGGCCUCUGAGGGCACCCAGGCUCUCUCAGAAGAGGCAGAUAAUUCCCCUGCCUCUCAGGGAGAGACAGAGGCCAGCAUGCACCACGCCUCGCACCCACCAUCACCACCAUCCGAGCCAGAGCCAGACCAUGUAGUGUUGAUGGAGCGCAGCAGGCGGGGUCGCAGAGGUCAGAGUCAUAGGCGGGGUGCUUUAGUGGCACGUGGUAGGGGCAGCCUGAUUGGUGGAAGGAAACAAGCCAUCAUCAGCCCAGCCACAGGGGUUUCACAAGCUGGGUCUCAACAAGCCUCUUCUACGGCAUCAUCAUCCUCAUCACCACCACGUCCUCCUCUUCUCAGUCCUCCUCAGCCUCCCCAGGCAGGAUCAUCUGAGCAUCACUCCCACUCUCCAUGGAUGAUGUCACAUUCCAUUGCCCCUUUUCUGUCCACCCCUCCAAUACUCUCCAGCUCUCACGAUAAACGUCACUCCAUACUACGAGAGCCCACUUUCCGCUGGAAGUCUUUGUCAUGUGCUGAAAAUAAGUACUUCUCCUCUGCCAAGUAUGCAAAGGAGGGCCUUAUCCGCAAGCCCACUUUUGACAACUUUCGUCCUCCUCCACUGACUGCUGAGGAUGUGGGCCUCAUGCCACCAGGACCUGGUGGAGGUGGUGUUGCACCAGGAGGAUUCCCAGUGCCUGCUGGUGCAGCUGGGACAGGUUCCAGACUUUUCUCCCCCCUGCAUCAUCAUCCUCACCACAAUCACCACCAGCACCCCUCGUCGCGGUUUGAAACGCCACUUCAAAAGCGCAGCCCCCUACUACGCCCCCCUUUCUUCAAUCCAAGUCCGGCUCAUUCCCGCAUCUUUGAGUCGGUCACCCUCCCAUCCUCUUCAGGAAGCAGCCCUGGCUCUCUUUCCCCCCUUCAGGUCUCACCAACAUCAAACAAAAAGAGAAAGGGGUCUAGGUUCUCACGUGGACAACCCAGGUCACCCUCACACUCUAUGACUACCAGGAGCAGUCAGUCAGGAGUUCAAACAGGGAAGGCCUCUGAACAAUCCAUGAUUAGCAGUUCUGUUCCCAUAAGUGUGACUGGGAAUUCCAGCCCAUUGCCUGGAGUCGCAGUCAGUCCACUUGCUGCCAGUGCCUUAACACAAGCUUCUUUCAGUGGCUUCCCCUCAGGCUCCAUUGGUCUUACGAGCCACAGAGUUUCCGAUGGGCGGCGAGCAGCAGGGGGUCUCGGUGUGAGUGGGAGCUCUGCUUCAUCUUCACAGCUCUUCCCUCUUUUUACCCCCAGUAAUCAAGGAUCAGGUGGGGGGACUGGAAAAGCAGGUAGGGAACGGAGCGUCUCUGCUACUAGAGACACAGGUACAAAGGAGAAGGACAGGGAGAUGGAGAAGAAUAGAGAGCGUGAAAAGGAAAACAAAAGAGAUGGAAGGAAAGACUGGGAUAAAAGAGGGAAGAGUCUUCCAUCGGAGGAUUCUACAUCUAGCCUCUUUGCAAUGGAGGCCAGGGACAUUGCAGAAUCUCUCACCCAAAAAAGGACACCUGGUCGAAAGAAGUCAGUCACAGUUGACUCUGGUGCAGAGGCCUCCCCAAGUGACUCUACAGCAGUUGAGCCUGUUGGGCCCUUGUCCUCAAAGGGUCGUCUGGCCAAAAAAGGCAGACCUUCAGAGAGGAGUAUUGAAGCAGAGGGAGUGGAGAGGGAGAAGGAUAAGGAGAAAUUGAGUGCUCCUACCCAAGCAGGGCAGAUGGGAAAACCCCCUGCCACCACAUCACUGGGCUCCAUGUUAGCUCGUGCCGAGAAACAGCCAGUCACAGACAGGCGUGUCGCAGGACUGCUGAGAAAAGCUAAAGCUCAGCUCAAUAAGAUAGAGAAGAGAGAGGUACAACCUGGCGAUCAACCUAAAUUACCGGGUCAAGAGAGUGACUCUUCUGAGACAUCAGUUCGUGGUCCACGCAUUAAGCACGUGUGUCGUCGUGCAGCUGUAGCUCUGGGUCGCAACCGUGCUGUGUUCCCAGAUGAUAUGCCUACACUUAGUGCCUUGCCAUGGGAGGAGAGAGAAAAGAUCUUGUCUUCCAUGGGAAAUGAUGAUAAAUCAUCAGUGGCUGGAUCAGAGGAGGCGGAGCCACCCACACCUCCUAUUAAGCCAGUAACAAGGCAGAAAACGGUCCAUGAGGCCCCACCCAGAAAGGGCCGGCGCUCUCGACGCUGCGGGCAGUGUCCAGGCUGCCAAGUCCCAAAUGACUGUGGGGUCUGCACUAACUGCCUGGAUAAGCCCAAAUUUGGGGGACGCAAUAUUAAAAAGCAGUGUUGCAAAGUACGGAAGUGUCAGAACUUGCAGUGGAUGCCAUCAAAGUUUCUUCAAAAGCAGGCAAAAGGUAAAAAGGACAGGAGGAGGAAUAAAUUGUCUGAAAAAAAGGAUUCACAUCACAAAUCCCAGUGUUUUGAAGCAAGCCCCAAGCCAGCCCCUCCUCCAAAAGAUGACCCUCCCCAUAAGAAAAGUGAAACUCCACCGCCUAUGCAGGGAGAGGACAAACAAAAGCAGGCACAACCUUCAGCACCAUCCUCACCAGCUUCCUUCCCAAAGGACCCUCCGCUCUCUAGUCCUUCUGAUGACCCCAAGCAUUCUCAAACCCCUUUGAACUCAGCCUUUAGAAAGGAGCGGAAGCAGCAGCCCAGUUCUUCACCCACCGCUGUACACAUUGCCCCAUCUUCCCCACCAGCACAGUCCCAGCAGUCCUUGCAGCAGCAAAACCAAGUGCCAGCAAAAAAGGAAGGUCUUGCAAAGCCCCAGCCCACUGAGCCCAAGAAGAAAUCACAGCAAAAAAGUCAACCCAGUUCUGGCACAGACACAGUAUCCGAAGCAAAGCUAAAGAAACAGUCCACUCGAUGUGUUCAACCACUCAAGCCUAAACCAAAAGAAAAGGAGAAACAGAUACCGAAAUGUGACAGCAGUACUUUAAACUCCAAGAGCACUCCUUCGAAUAGGGGCUCCACCAAGCAGAAAGCGCCCUGCGAUGGAGUGCAUCGAAUCAGAGUAGAUUUCAAGGAGGACUAUGACAUUGGGAAUGUGUGGGAGAUGGGUGGGCUCAGCAUUCUCACCUCUGUGCCAAUCACCCCACGGGUGGUGUGCUAUCUUUGUGCCAGCAGCGGUAAUGUAGAGUUUGUUUUCUGCCAGGUGUGCUGUGAACCCUUUCACCUCUUCUGCUUGGCGGAGACAGAACGGCCCCAUGAGGAACAGUGGGAGAACUGGUGUUGUCGCCGAUGCCGCUUUUGUCAUGUCUGUGGCCGGCAGUAUCAGAAAACCAAACAGCUACUGGAGUGUGACAAGUGCCGAAAUAGCUAUCACCCUGAGUGCCUGGGACCCAACCACCCUACCAGACCCACCAAGAAGAAAAGAGUCUGGAUUUGCACCAAGUGUGUGCACUGUAAGCGCUGUGGAGCCACCAAACCAGGGAAGGCCUGGGAUGCUCAGUGGUCACAUGAUUUCUCUUUGUGUCAUGACUGUGCCAAACUCUUAGCUAAAGGCAACGUCUGCCCGCUCUGUAAUAAGUGCUAUGAUGACGAUGACUGUGAUAGCAAAAUGAUGAAGUGCAGGAAGUGUGAUUGCUGGGUCCAUGCAAAAUGUGAAAGUUUAACAGAUGAUAUGUAUGAGCUCUUGUCUAACCUGCCUGAGACCGUGGCCUACACCUGCGCAAACUGCACUGAGCCCCAUCCUACUGAGUGGCGCACUGUCUUGGAGAAAGAAAUUCAGAAGUCCAUGCGGCAAGUUCUCACUGCCCUUCUCAACUCUCGCACGUCUACUCACCUGCUUCGCUACAGACAGGCGGUUAUGAAGCCACCUGAGCUGAACCCAGAGACAGAAGAAAGCCUUCCCUCACGCCGUUCCCCAGAGGGCCCUGACCCCCCUGUGCUGACGGAGGUCUCUCCACCUAAUGAUUCACCGCUCGAUUUGGAGUCUGUGGAGAAGAAAAUGGCUUCUGGAUGCUAUAAAUCUGUGCUGGAGUUCAGUGAUGACAUUGUGAAAAUCAUCCAGACAGCCAUCAGUUCAGAUGGAGGUCAGCUAGAGAGCAGGAAGGCCAACAGCAUGCUCAAGUCCUUUUUUAUUCGGCAAAUGGAGCGGACUUUUCCAUGGUACAAGGUGAAGGAGUCCAAAUUCUGGGAGACACGCAAAGUCUCUCCAAAUAGUGGACUUCUUCCCAAUGCUGUGUUGCCCCCUUCUUUGGAUCACAACUAUGCCCAGUGGCAGGAGAGGGAGGAGAUAGCCAGGGCUGAGCAGCCUGUGCUAAUGAAAAAGAUCAUCCCGGCUCCCCAUCCUAAAGCACCUGGGAAACCUGACUCCCCGAUUGCCCUCACACCACCUCCUCCUCCACCCAUGCUUAUCCAUGACCACAGCCUUGAAGAAAGCCCUGAUAUUCCCCCUCCUCCUGGUGUAGGUGACAACAGACAAUGUGCGCUUUGUCUGAAUUAUGGAGAUGAGAACACAAAUGAUUGUGGGAGACUGCUUUAUGUUGGCCAGAAUGAGUGGACCCAUGUGAACUGUGCACUGUGGUCAUCCGAGGUGUUCGAAGAUGUUGAUGGUGCACUCAAAAAUGUCCAUAUGGCAGUCAGGAGAGGCAAAAAGCUGCAAUGUGAGAAUUGUCACAAACCCGGAGCCACGGUGAGUUGUUGUCUGACGUCCUGUACCAACAACUACCAUUUCAUGUGUGCACGUCAGCAGCAGUGUGCCUUUUUAGAGGACAAGAAAGUUUACUGUCAGCAUCACAGAGAUCUCAUAAAGGGCGAGGUGGUGUCAGAGUCAAGCUUUGAAGUUACUCGGAGGGUCCUUGUGGACUUUGAGGGAAUCAGUCUGAGAAGAAAGUUUGUUAAUGGGCUUGAACCAGAUAACAUCCACAUGAUGAUAGGGUCUAUGACCAUCGACUGUCUUGGUAUGCUAACUGAACUGUCCGAAUGUGAGAGGAAGUUGUUUCCUGUGGGCUACCAAUGCUCAAGGGUCUACUGGAGCACUCUAGAUGCCCGCAAACGAUGUGUCUAUAAAUGUAGAAUUUUAGUGUGCCGCCCCUCUAUGACUGAAACUAUCAAUAACACAGCAGCUCAAGAAGAGAACCACACAAUUGCUCAUAGUCCUCCACCUCUUUCAGCUGAAGUGGACACUGCUUUGCCUGGACCCACAGAUUCCAUAAAACCAUCCAAUGUGCCUUUCACACCAAAACCAAGGGUUUAUUUUAGGAACAGACACCCCAGUUACCCACCAUGUCAUCGUUCUCCCUCAACCAGACCACUUCCCUCCCCAGAUGGUUUCAGUAGUUCAGCCCAUGAAAUUGUGACUGUGGGGGACCUUCUGCUGAGCUCCACUCUACAAAGCAUUGGAUCUCGUCGACACAGCACUUCCUCCAUCUCUGCUCAACAAUCUAGGCAAGAGGUUUCCUCUUCUCAACAGGGAGGCACAGUAUCCAUUCAGACAGGUAAUUCAUCUGCCCCAUCCCUGUCCUCAACCUCUAAGGAACCUUUAACCAGGGACACAGACAAAGGAAUAGCACCAUCUGGAGAGAGAUCUCACAAUCGAGAGGCAAAUUCAGUGAACACUGGGGCACAGCGUCGACUCAGUUUUGGUUUCACUGAAAGAAUAGAAGGUAGUAGAGAAGCAACCAAAAAGCAGUCGGAUGGUGAGAGUUUGAAGUCAUCGCAACCAGUUAGCAUAAGCCAGGUAGCACCACCUCUCGGAACUGCAGUAUUGACAGGACAUCAGAGAGGAAGUGGCAGUUUGAAAACCGAGAAAGGGAAACAAGCCACUAAAGAUACUGACCUACCAGCCGGAGUCACUUUUAUGUCCAGUCAUCCACUUGCCACACUUCCUAAGGACAAGGCUAAUACAGUCAAGGAAGGAAAUGUGGCAUCAGUGGCCGCAUCAAAAGACACAGGAAAGACUGUGUCUCCACAAGCGGUUUACAGCAAAAGUGGGAGUAGGAAGUCUCACUGCUAUGCAUCUGGUCCAGCUGCGGCAGCGGCAAUGACGCCUCUCUGGUCAUCUGGUGCCAAGGUGGGAGAGGAGGACCUAAAGUGUGGCUUCCAGACAAGUGCUGCUGUCAAUGCUAGUCAUGGAACCUCUAGCACCAAAGACAAACACUCCAAAGUCAAAAUGAAUGUGAGCAGGGAUGUUUCAAAAGAAAGAAAAGAGUCUGCUCAAAACCCAGUUCUUAACAGCAACUCUAAAAGCAGUAAUGUCAAAACACAAGGUCAGGGUCCACCUCCUCACAACACUAGCAAUAAAGCCACAGCAUUGAGCAGCAACACGGGGUCUAGCAAGGUGGAAGUUAAUAAAUUUGAUCAGAAAGAAAUGGAGAAGCCAUUCAAGUCCAAAGAGAGAUUUAGCUUUGAGAAAAAGCAUAGUUCAGCCAUGGAUGCUAUUCAGCCGAAAGCAGGGUCUGAAAGAGGUAUUAGACCACCACAGGUACACCCUAAAUCAAGUAAGGAAGUUACUCCAGUGGUGAAGAAACACACUGAGAGGCUACCUCUAAUGUCUCAAAAAAUGGAUCCUAAUGGAACCAAAGCUGUCAGCAUGUCCCCUAACACAAACACGUACACUUCUGUAACCCCUAGCAACCAGGGCCCCCAAAGAAGGUCCUCUCGAGUGAUGGUUUUCUCCCCAUCUGCAAGUUCUGAAAGCUCAGAAUCAGAUAGCCACAUUCACCCAGAUGAUUCUGAGGAGCAACUCAUGGACCACCAAUGUGCAGAUGAUGGGGAGGACCAUAAUUUAGAGGAUGAAGGCAGCGUCGAUAAGCGCCAUGAGGAGGAUAGUGAUGGUUCGGCAGGUUCAGCAAAGCGCAGAUACCCAAGGCGGAGUGCCCGUGCUCGAUCAAACAUGUUCUUUGGGCUAACCCCUUUCUAUGGUGUGCGAUCGUAUGGGGAGGAAGACAUACCCUUCUACAGAACUGGUGAAAUCUCCAUGAAAAAGCGCACUGGGAGCAGCAAGCGUUCAGCUGAAGGACAAGUUGAUGGGGCAGAUGAUAUGAGCACAUCAUCUUCAGCAGACAGUGGAGAGGACGAAGAAGGAGGAAUUGGUUCAAAUAAGGAUGCAUAUUAUUACAACUUCACACGCACUAUAAUAAACCCCAACUCUGGUCUUCCACCUAUUGCGGGUAUUGAUCAGUGUUUGGGAAGAGGGACGCAGAUCCACAGGUUCUUGAGGGAUCAGGCGAAGGAGCAAGAUGAUGACAGUGAUGAGGUGUCAACAGCAACCAAGAAUUUGGAGCUGCAACAAAUUGGCCAGCUGGAUGGCGUGGAUGACGGUUCUGAGAGUGAUGUUAGUAUAAGCACCAGCAGCACAACCACUGCUACUACUUCAUCAACAAACAAAAGUUCAACAAAAAGAAAAGGUAGAGAAAGCAGGACAGAUAAAAUAAGCAUUGACUCAGGGAAGGAGACAGAAAAUACACCAAGUGGGAACAGUCGUGAAAGUCGUAAAAAUCAAAAGGAUCCAUUAGGGAGUGUGAAAGCACAAGGACAAGACCCCCUUGAAACUCAGUUGUCACUCACCACAGAUCUCCUCAAGUCUGACUCUGAUAACAACAACAGUGAUGACUGUGGUAACAUCCUACCCUCUGAUAUUAUGGAGUUUGUACUCAAUACCCCUUCAAUGCAGGCUUUGGGACAACAAACAGAAGCUCCUUCUGCCGAACCAUUCUCUUUAGAUGAGAGUUACGGGGUGGAUGUUAACCAAAGAAAGGACAUGCUUUUUGAAGAUUUCACCCAGCCACUGGCCAGUGCUGAACCUGGUGAGAGUGGGGUGAACACCUCCAUUGCUGUUGACGAGUCAUAUGGUCUUCCCCUUGAGCUGCCCUCUGACCUCUCUGUGCUGACAACUCGAAGUCCCACUGUAAAUAAUCAAAAUCAUGGCUCGCUGAUCUCUGAGACCUCUGACCGCACCAUUUUGGCUCUGGCCACAGAGGAAUCAGGAGUCGAGAAAAGCAGAAAAAAAACAAGAACAGGGUCCACUGUAUCCAGCAAGAGCCCACAGGACAGAUGUGCCGAUUCCCAGAUUCCAGAAGGUCAAAUGACUCCAGAACACUUCAUUUCUGCACGCAUUGAUGGUGACCAUAUCAGUCCUGGAGUUGCACCUGUGGGAGAGACAGGGAGCCAAGAUCUGACGAGAAAUAGUAGCACGCCAGGUCUUCCCAGCUCACCCACCUUGCCUCUCCAGAGUCAGAAGUUCAUCCCUGCUGCCACUGUUAGCUCAGGUCCCACUCUGAUUGCAAGCUCUGCUGUUCAAGCUACUGCCUCUCAAUUGAAGCCUGGCCCAGAUAAACUGAUCGUGCUAAACCAGCAUCUGCAGCCACUCUAUGUUUUGCAAACCCUUCCCAAUGGUUUAACUCAAAAAAUCCAGAUUGCACCAUCUGUUAGUGCGACAGGUGUCAUGAAUACUAGUGCCCCUGUCUUGACAGGCCUCAGUGGUAGCAUCUCCACCUCUCAGUCAAUUUUUCCUGCUGGCGGCAAAGGUUUAGUUUCUGUAUCUCAUCACCCACAAAUCCAUGCGUUCACAGGCACUACUCAGACAGGUUUCCAGCCAGUCAUUCCUAGUACCACAUCAGGCCUCCUCAUAGGAGUCACCUCCCACGAUCCCCAUAUUGGUGUGACAGAGGCAGGAAAUAGGCAUGAUCAUGCCUCUGGUGUUGCUAUGGUAUCUAGUGCUUCAUCCAUCACCCCAGCACCAACUAUGCUCCCCUCUGGACAUGGCAAGAAACGCCUAAUUUCUCGUCUUCAGAGCAAUAAGAGCAAAAAACAGGCUCGUCCAAAGACCCAACCUACACUUGCUCCUUCCGAUGUUGGGCCCAAUAUGACCCUCAUAAACUUGUCAUCUUCACAUAUUGCUGCAGGAAUCCCUGCUCAGACAGGCUUGAUGGAGCUUGGGACUAUAACUGCAACACCUCAUCGAAAGUUUCCUAACAUUAUAAAACGGCAAAAGCAAGGGGUGAUGUACUUGGAGCCUACUCUCCUUCCACAGCCCAUGCCCAUUUCAACCACAACUCAGCCUGGCAUGUUGGGACAUGAUUCAUCGACUCACCUGCUCCCAUGCACUAUGUCAGGGCUUAACCCAAGUCAGUCUGUUUUGAAUGUGGUGUCGGUGCCUCCCACUGCACCAGGAAACUUUUUGGGAGCAAACUCUGUAUCUUUGAGUGCCCCAGGCCUCAUAAGUUCAACUGAGAUCACAGGAUCUAUAAGUAGCCUUCUUUUCAAAGCCAACCCUCACAACCUAUGCCUUCCAGAGCAACAGAUGGUUCUUCAUUCAGGAACCCCCAUGAUAUCUCAUCUUACUAAUCCUGCCCAGACAUCCAUUGCCAGUAGCAUCUGUGUGUUACCCCCAAAACAAAGCAUAAGCAUGUCUGUCAACCAGCAGGUGGAGAAAGAGGGCAGCGUUCAUCUCCAACACCCAGUCAGUCGAGUCCUGGCAGAUAAAAACCUAGACCCAAAUGGCAAUUCAACUGGUCAAGUAACUCUUGCCCCUAAUCCCAUUACUCAAGACCUGAACAGAAGUCAUGUUGUUGGCAUCCUCACUCAGAGCUCACGAACCUCUCCCAUUUCUCGACCCCCGCAUCAGCAGCAAUCCUCAAAGCUACCUGCUGGAGCUGCAUCCACAGCUGUUGGGAAGGGAAAGCAAAAGGCCAAAAGACCUCGACCAAGCCCAGAUAAGAGUGGAAAGAAACGCAAAGGACUUCAGUCAGAUACACCAACUGUUGACACAUCUGCAAUCCAAUUAUCAUAUUUCCCAGGUAGGGACCGGGAACUUUCAUCACCUGAGCCAAUGGAUACAGGGCAGUCAAAUGAAACGGGUUCAAAAACGAGUGACUCUGCCACUAAGACAGCUGAUUCUUCUUCUUUUAAACGUACAACCAUGGACACUCAUGAGAAGCCAAAGACUGCAGGACUGCCUAGUAAGGGUGAUGGGAAAGGAUCUAAUGCAUUUUCAGUGGAAACACCUGAUCAGAGGGACAGUGGGAGAGACUCCUUUCUGGACUACAAGCCCAAGAAAGGGCUCAUAUUUGAAAUCUGCAGUGAUGAUGGAUUUCAGAUUCGCUGUGAAAGUAUUGAGGAGGCCUGGAAGUCCCUGACAGAUAAAGUGCAAGAAGCCCGGUCCAAUGCUAGACUCAAGGCACUUUCAUUUGAUGGAGUAAAUGGGUUGAAGAUGCUGGGUGUGGUUCAUGAUGCUGUAGUGUUUCUACUGGAGCAGCUAUAUGGAGCCAGGCAUUGCCGAAACUACAGGUUCCGCUUUCACAAACCUGAGGAGCCAGAAGAUCCUCCUGUCAACCCUCACGGAUCUGCCCGUGCUGAGGUGUACCACAGGCGAUCAGUUUUGGACAUGUUUAAUUUCCUGGCAUCCAAACACCGUCAGCCUCCUGUAUAUAACCCCCAGGAGGAAGAUGAGGAGGAGAUGUUGCAAAAGUCUGCUCGACGGGCCACCAGCAUGGACUUACCACUGCCUAUGAGGUUCAGGCACCUAAAGAAAGUGUCCAUGGAGGCUGUGGGUGUCUACAGAUCAGCCAUACACGGCAGAGGUCUGUUCUGCAGGAAAAACAUUGACGCUGGAGAGAUGGUGAUUGAGUAUUCUGGCAAUGUCAUUCGCUCUGUCCUCACUGACAAGCGGGAGAAAUACUAUGACAGCAAGGGCAUUGGCUGCUACAUGUUUCGUAUCGAUGACUACGAGGUGGUGGAUGCCACCAUGCACGGCAAUGCAGCCCGAUUCAUUAACCACUCUUGCGAGCCCAACUGCUACUCCCGCGUGGUCAAUGUUGACGGUCAGAAGCACAUUGUCAUUUUUGCCACACGCAAAAUCUUUAAAGGCGAGGAGCUCACGUACGAUUACAAGUUCCCCAUCGAAGAACCAGGCAAUAAGCUGCCUUGCAACUGCAGGGCGAAGAAGUGUCGCAAGUUCCUCAAUUGAAAGCAAACUUGCAAGCUAAUAUUGUCUGUGAAUGCUAUCAAGAGUGUAUACUUGCCAGGGAAGUUUUUUUUUUUUUACUGAAGCAGGCUCAGGUUAUCAGAAGGUUAAUGGUAUUGUGCCUCUUAAGUUGUUUGAUUUUUAGAAAAGACAAUUGAGUGGAGUCGCAAUGGAGAAGAUUGCCUUUGUGUCCCCUUUAUUAAUGCCCAAUUUAAGAGAUUAGUGCCCCCUCGUUCUUAAAUUUUGUAUAUUAUCUUUUUUUACCUUUUUUUUUUUUU